GGCUGUUGUGUCUGGGCUUUGCUGGCUCUCGGGAUGUGCCUGGUGGCCACCAGGGUCGCUGGAGAGACCAUGAUCGAGGUGGACGAGAAUGGCGAUGAGUACGAGCUGAAGCGAUUCUACAUUCAGGGUCGCCAACUGAAGGGCGAUGGCAGUCAGUCGCAGUGUGUGGUCACGAGAAGGAAGCGUUCGGGUCGUGCAGCAGGAUCAGGAUCAGGAUCGGCGGCCACACUGUCGGUCACUUCGCAGCCCCUGAAGGUGGAGAGUCUGCCCGCGAAGGAACAUCGUGAGGGAGGAGCUGUUCUCCAGGAGGUGGAGAGCAAUAGCAAUAGACGUUAUGUCGCCCUGACUGGAGUCCACUUGGAGUCGCCUCUGCCCCAGGGUGAUGUGCAGCACGAUGACAACGAUGAUGACGACGAGGAGGACGAUGAUGGCGACGAUCAGUCUUCCAGAAAUCAGUCCAACUUUGUGCCCGCUGCCUUGGCUUUGCCCCUGCAAAGCCAGUCCACUGCCGCCCAUCUGAAUCAGGGAGUCAGUGUGGUCGCCAAUGCCGCCAGUCAUGCCAAUGUGGCCGAAGAUGCUGGCAUCGUGGUGGUCCAAUCGCAUCAGCCGCCCAAAGUCAAUCCCGAUACCCAUGCCGUCUUCGAGCUGAAGCCCGUUCAAUCGGAUGUUGUCCACCAGUCAGCCGGCGUUAGCUUCUAUCCCUUCGUUCAGCCCUGGGAGGUGGUGGACCAGGACGAGGAUGACUACGACGAGGACGACUACGACGAAGAGGACUACGAUGAUUUCUACUACGGCGGCAAUGGCUUCUACAGGGAUCAGCCCGGCUUUAAUGGCCUGGGUGUUUUCGAGGAGGAGAUCAUCAGCGAGGACCAGCCCGUCUCUACGAUAGCCAGUUGGUCAACCGGUGAUGAUGACAGCGACAUUCUGCCCGCCGUCAAUAAGCGGCCCAAUCAGAAGAACAAGAACAAGAAGAACCAGAAGCAGAAGCAGAAGAACAAGAAUCAGCAACAGAAGAACAAGCGACAGCAGCAGAAGAAACGCAAGCAGCAGGCUCAAAAUGACGAGCAGCCUGCGAAGCAGAAGAAGAAGCCGCAGCAGCAGGAUAAAGAUCAGAAGAAGAAGCAGGAUAAGGAUCAGAAGAAGAAGAAGCCAGAGGAGAAUCCGAAUCAGCAGGAGAUGGAACAGCUUACUCCCGUGGAAGUGAUCAAGAAGCCAGUGGAGCAAUCAGUCGUUGCUUCUUCGGCCACAAGUGGCAGUAACAUCGCCGCAUCCUCCAGCGGCGUUUCUUCAUCGGGCAGCAAUUCUUCGGAUAAGAAGAAGAACAAGAAGAAGAAGAAGAAGCCUAGUAGCAGCAGCAGCAGCAGUCUUAGCCAGCGCAGGACCAAGAAGAAGAAGAAGCAGUCGAACAGCAGCAGCAGCAGCAGCAUCAGCAUCAGCAGCAGCAACAAGCGUCGCCGACCCAGCAACAGCAUUGGUUCCUCCAGCAGCAGUUCCUCCAUUGGUGGCUACCGUCGCCGUCGUCCGCAGCAGCAGCAGUUGCAGCAGCAACGUCGCCGCAAAACGCAACAGCGGCAGAAGCGCCGUCGCCAGCAGCAACAGCAGAAGAGACGCCGCCAGCAGCAGCAACAACAACGCCGUCGUCUGCGCAACAAGAAUCGUCAAUUCUACGGCGACGAGCCCAUCAUCAACUGCAUUUACAUCAACAAGGACCCAGCGACGACCACCACCACGCCGCGUCCCUUCUGGAAUAUCCUGGGUCGCCAAUCGGAUUCGAAGCCCAGUGCCGAAUCCUCUGUAGUCUCUUCCGAAGAAUCCCAAACGGAUCCCGUCGCCCAGCAGGCUGUUCUUCAGGCCGUUCGUCGCAACUUUGGCGAAUUCGGCGGACGAAAACGCACCAAUCUGCGUUUCGUGUCCUAG